AUGAGUCUCGGACCUAGGUCACUCGAGGGGCUGCCGGGCGUACCAGGUUUUAAAGGGUUUAAGGGUGAGCCAGGGAUCCCAGGCAUGAUUGGCGCCCCGGGUCCGCCAGGACCUGCAGGAUAUCAAGGUGUUCGUGGGGAAAAAGGCAACCAGGGUCUGCCGGGAAUAGGGGUGCCAGGAACCCCAGGAAUCCCAGGAGGUCUUACCGAAGAAGAACGAAGAAUCGUGAUAGAUGAUCUGUUGGGAUUGCUCGAGGGUGAGAACAGCGGUCUCAGCUUAAACGUGUUUGAGAGUUCUGGACACUUUCCUUGGGCUGGAGAAGCUGAUCCCAGGCUAAUGGGGCCACCAGGACCUAAGGGCAAUCAGGGACCUAAAGGGCCCAGAGGACUACCAGGAAAUAUUGGUCCUUCUGGCUCUCCUGGUAAAGAUGGUUUUCCUGGAUCCGUGGGCCCGCCAGGAGAACCAGGUCUUCCAGGGACGAAAGGUGAUACAGGGUCAGUUGGUACGAAGGGUGACCGCGGUCAUUCUGGGGCACCAGGAGUCCCAGGACUUAUUACUACACUUAUACAGCCCGAUGGAACAAACAUCACACUUGUUAAGGGUGAAAAGGGCGAACCUGGAAUGAGGGGCAGGCGAGGUCAUCCUGGAUCGCCUGGCCUGUCAGGGCCAAUCGGCGACCUUGGUCUACCGGGUUGGCCGGGUUCUCCUGGUAGAUCAGGUCCUCGAGGGCUCCCGGGUUCUGGCAUUAAAGGCGAAGCAGGAACCCCAGGUCUACCUGGGCCCCCAGGCCCCCCAGGUUCAUCAGGUCUUACAAAGGGAUUCGACAGCGGUCAUUCUGUUACAUAUUCCGAUUUAGCAGUAAGCUACAAUGCACUGGAGCAGCAAGGACCGCCUGGACCAGCAGGACCGCCUGGCCCACCGGGACCUCCUGGACCUCCAGGUCAGGUCAGAGGUGGCCGAAUGUACACUUCAAUUCCAGGACCACCUGGGCCUCCUGGACCACGUGGGCCGACGGGCUUACCAGGUUGGCCUGUCAGAGGUCAAGGGCAGUUCGAGGAACACUCAGGCAUCGAUUACGGGAGACAUGUGCCUUAUAUACCUGGCAGCCUCGGUAAAACCAAUCCUGAACAAGGUUCCUCUAGCCCUUCUUGGAGAUCAAGAGCUAGCAUGAAGGAUGAAGAGUUAAAGGUGAAAAAGAUAAUUGAAGGCGUUGUAACAGCAACAAACAAACAGGCAAUGUUAAAGAUUAGUAAAGUUUCUCCGCCGGGCACACUUGUGUUUUUGACAGAUGAAGAAGCUUUGCUUGUUAGAAUUGUAAGCGGGUGGCGGUAUGUCUCUUUUGGAUCAGUCAUGGUGCCGCCGGUCGAGUCCCUCCUCAACACGGAAACCUUCGACACCUCCAUUCCGGAAUAUAAUCUUCCUUUUCGAACUCCACUCGCUCCGCACAGGGUUCGAUUUCCCAAUGCCCAACAAAUAUAUUUGGCAUGGGUCGCACGUCGCCGGCGAACGGUCCCACACAGCGUACUGUAAUGCUUGGAUCACGGAUUCGCGGAAGGCUUUUGGAUUAGCAUCAUCUCUCCUCAACAGCAGUUUAUUAGGGCAGGAGCAGUUACGAUGCAACAAUUCCCUUGCUGUUCUUUGUAUUGAGGCAAUAAGUCAACGUAAACAUUUC